AUGCAAAUGUGAAUAAAUGGUUUUGUCCUAACUUUAGAGGCAAUGUUCUGUCCACUGUAGUCUUAAGCACUUGAUUGCGACCCAGUUGCAGGCCAGAUGGAUGAGUGGGAAAGGAAUGGAAAAGCUGAUGUCGUUAGGUGCAGGUAACUUUGUGGUAAUCCACAGACUGGAAAAGAGCAAGUUGGAGAAGUGCCAGUGGACUGUUCUUGGGGGGGAAAAAGCACUCCAUCAUCAUGAUCAAAGAUGCCAGCAUUACCAUUUCAUUUUUUUUUAUAGUUUUAUUUGCAUUAAAAUAGAUAGUUUAAAGUUUACAUAACAUUUUCUGUGUUAUGCUGCUUUUUUCUUUUUUUAAAUAUAAUUUUUCUACUUUUGCAUAUCACAAUUUCAUUCAAUACUAUAGUGUUAUAGUCUAGGCUGUGUUUAAUUGAGUGCAGGUGUGGCCGAUGGGCUUCUCGGGAGCGACGCCCACUCCUGGCUGGUUGUAAAGGGGUCAGUGGUGCUCGUGCCAGCUGGGUUGUAAUUGAUGCCACAUGGCUAUAGCGAAACUCUCCGACCACAGGCAAACAAAUAGUCCGCCAAAAAACCCAGCGACGGCAGUUUUUUUCCCCAUUCCUAGAGUCUGUCCUCUGGUUGUUCUCAGUUAUUCGCCAACCAAAAAAACUGAGUCAGGAUAACUUGCAGUAGUUAAAAUUAUCGAAAGAGGGAACUCAUUCUGAAACUCCCCGUUAAAACAGAUCCCAUGUAUGCGCCAAGCCAUUUGUGGCUAUUUUUGAAUAUUUGCGUUUCACCUAUUAUUUGCGUAAGAAACGAGAUAUUUGCCGAUGAAAUCAUCGUUGAGGUGACAACGGUCCAAAAGUUCCAAAUAAUGUUUUCCCUGCAAUCCCUCCAGUGGCGUCAGAUGAACUGUGGUUGAAGGUGACAUGCGAGGUCAUGACACCCACAACUGUUGCGCUUUGGCAUUCUCAUGUGCGCUAUAAACCCGGUACAAGUAACACCUCUCGUUUCACGGAGUCGUUCCAGUGGCCUUUUCACUGAUGGCGUGAUGUCAUCUCCCCCCCUCCCCCCUCCAUCUACCCCCACGGCAACAAGAUGCGUCUGAAACUUUGUGAGAACUCUGUCGGCUGCGUGUCCGCGAAAGACUCAUGAUGCUAGAUUCACUGACUUACCUUCUGGAGAGAGUCUUUCUCCUCGCGCAUUUUAACAUUUUUAGUCUAAUCCCUUCAGAAGAAGAGAAGCGUGAAAAGUCUUGCGAAGCCUCUCCUCGGGUGCUGCAGAGAGGGGAUCUCCUGGAGGUCCCUCGUACUUUGUUCACCCAUUUCGGCAUCUACUUGGGGGACAACAAAGUCGCGCAUUUAAUACCGGAUAUUGUGCCCAUGCUGACGGGCUAUAAGUGUCAAAUUCAGAAAAGCGUAACGAACAACAGAUUGCUGUUGGGGGUGCUUUGUAAGCAGGCGACUGUGAGAGUGGAUUCGGUCGAGGACUUUGCGUAUGGUUCACCUAUCCUAAUUAACAUCAUGGACCACGACGUAAAAGAAAGACCGUUACCUAACGAAGAAGUCGCCAGAAGAGCGGAGAUGCUUAUCGGUAAAGUUCAAUACAGCUUGAUGUGGAACAAUUGCGAGCAUUUUGUUACCUACUGCAGGUACGGCUCAGCCAUAUGUCUUCAAACGGACAAGUUUCUAGAGUUCCUGAAAUCGAUUAUACGGGACCAGCGGAGUAUCCUUCUCACAGCUUUUUUGGGACUUGUGUCCAUUGGUUGCGUGGGAAUUGCGCCUGCCACAAUUUUCCCAACCAUCCUGAUCCCAUUCACGUUAUGGAUGGCGAGUUAAUGGACUUAUUUGGACUCUUUGUAAAUUCUUCCAUGAAUGGAAUAUGUACAUAUGUGAGCAAUGGGGUUAUGUUUGACCCACUGUACAUAUAGUGAGCAUGGCUUGUAGAUAUAGAUGGCACAGAGAAACAUUUUUUUAUGGCAAUUGUUUAGACUGAACUAAACUUGUAGCUCGAUACAUAAUGUAUGUUAUUUUGACAUGUAUUUCCCUCACUGGUUGUAUUUAGUGUUUUUUAUAUUAAAAUACAGUUUAUACAGUUUGUUGUAAUGGAAUGUUUUAAACCAAUGCCUGUUACGAACCUCACACUUUUCCAGUAUUGUCAGUAAGAAUGUUGCAGAAAGCCUCAUUCAAUUUUCGGUCCACUUUUCAUUCUGCUUGGUUAGACUUUCCAUAUGAGGGUUCUUCCACUUCAAAUCCGCAAAAGCCUUCUGCUGGACCAUCUCAGAUUUUCUUGAAUGUUUUAAUAAUAAUAAUAAUAAUAAUAAUUCAUUUAAUUUGUAAUGCACUCUUAAUUCAGAAGAAUCUCAGAGUGCCAAGAGUACCACAUAAAGUGUGACCUUCCAAACUAAUACUUACAAAUGUUAGUUUGAUAUAUCAAAUACUUGUUGGUUUUGGCGUGUUCACAGACUGGGGAAAAGUUUAGGAUUUGUUAUCUCAAUAAGUUUUCAUGUUAGAGGCUUCAAAUUUUUAACAGAUAAAUUACUUCUAUAUUUAGUUUCCUGUUAACUUUACAAGAGGAUUGUGUUCAUAGUCACAGUUUUAUCAAUGUGUGAAAUCUGGGAAAAAACUCUUUUUGAACACAUUUAACUGCCCUAUUACACAGCAGACAUCUGGCAGAUAUGUUUAUAUAGUUUACAAAAUAUAAUUAUGAGAUGUCUGUAUUGCAUUUUUGUAGGAGGAAGUUUUGAGCAUGAAUCUAGAAAAUACACAUUUUCAAUCUUAUUUUAGCUGCUCACUGAACAGGUAUGAUGAGGUGUACAAAUAAAACAAACACUUUGCAAGAAAGGUGAUCAGGUUUUGGAAUUUCAAGUUGGUGCCAGGACUGUGUAAGGUCCAAGAGGCAUGGUUUUAUGCGUCAGUUAUACCUCGGAUAGCCAGCAGAUGUCAGAUGUCAAAACAUCAUUUUCCUGAAAACCUCAAUAUGCAGGAGAAACCAAAAUGUCAGCAACAUGUCAUGUCAUCUCAU